UACCACUUUCAUGGAUACCUCUUUCUUACUUCCUUUUUCACUCAUGCUUUUGAUUACAUUAAACAUCUUCUUCACCCUCACCUCAUCCUCAACACUAACCGAUUUCUCCACCGAUCAAGACGCUCUACUUGCGUUCAAAAAUGCCAUCAUUGUCGACACAAAUGGCGUCUUGAGCAACAGCUGGCUCACCAACACUUCCAUAUGUGACUGGAACGGCGUCUCAUGUGGUAUCAAACACCACAGGGUGACAGCUCUCAACCUCUCGAACUUCGCCCUCCAUGGAAAGCUCACUCCACAUCUGGGAAACCUAACGUUUCUCCAGUCCUUGGACAUCAGCUCCAACAAUUUCAUAGGUGCCUUACCCGCGGAGCUGUCUAAACUACGCCGUUUGAAGCAAGUAAACGCAACAUCUAACAACUUUACCGGAGAAAUACCGAGAGGUAUCCUUACAAAUAUGUCUUUAUUGGAAGACAUUGAUCUGGGGUUUAACCAGCUAUCAGGCGAGCUCCCAAGUGAUAUAUGCAAUAAUGCUCCGAAACUGAAGAGAUUAUUUCUCAGUGUCAAUCAAAUAUAUGGAAAUAUUCCAAGGAAUAUAUAUAAGUGCAGCAAGAUGGAGGAGUUAUAUCUUAGCAGGAACAACUUAACAGGUGACAUACCAAGACAAAUUGGGCACCUCUCAUCAAUAUUAGAGUUGGAUCUAUAUUCUAAUAAGUUGGCAGGAAAUAUUCCCUAUUCUCUCUUCAACCUUUCCUCAUUGGAAUUCAUGGACCUCUCUGGAAAUAACCUAACUGGAAGCAUACACACAAAUUUGGACCAUUUACAAAACCUCCAAACACUGAAUCUUGCCAUGAAUAACUUAACAGGUGCCAUACCGAAGGAGAUUGGACAUCUUACAUCGUUAACAUUUCUGGCCCUAUAUUCUAAUGGCUUGACAGGAAAUAUUCCGUCUUCUCUCUUCAACGUUUCCUCAUUGGAACGCAUAUGCCUCAGUGACAAUUCUAUAUCUGGAAGUAUACCCACGAAUUUGGACAAUUUACCAAACCUCCUAAUACUGGAUCUUGCCAUGAAUAACUUAACAGGCGAGAUACCGAAGGGGAUUGGACAUCUUAGCUCUUUGACUGAUCUCUAUCUUCGUAGCAAUAGCUUGACAGGUUCCAUACCCAACCAAGUUGGUAACCUCACUUCACUGAGAGGACUACUUUUGGGACACAAUAAGUUUGAAGGAGGAAUUCCAACCUCUGUCACCAAUGCUUCUCAGCUUACUGAUAUUGACUUGAGCAGCAAUUCAUUCACUGGCCCCAUCCCCGACUUCGGUAACCUAAGACAUCUGCACUUCCUUGAUCUAAGUGACAAUAAUUUGACUGGGAUUGAAUCGCCAAAUCAAGAAUUGGAGUUUCUCUCUGGUUUAGUAAACUGCCAAAAUUUAGUUAGCUUGGAUAUUAGUAACAAUCCGAUGAUGAAUGGUAUCCUUCCAGCUUCCAUUGGGAACUUGUCUACUUCUCUUUCCAGCUUUACAGCAUCUGACUGCAGCAUCAGAGGUAUAAUUCCUCCUGAAUUUGGAAAUUUGAGGCAUUUGGAAGUUUUGGAUUUAUCCAAGAAUCAACUCACAGGAUUCAUCCCAACUACAUUUUCAAAGGGUUGCAGGCUUGAGUCACUCGACUUGAAUGGUAAUAAGUUGGAAGGAGCGUUACCCCGAUCCCUUUCCAAUUGUCGAAGUAUGCGGGUUCUUAAUAUUGGAAACAACAGAAUACAAGACACCUUUCCGGUUUGGACUGGAAAUCUCACUGAUCUUCGCGUCCUCAUAUUGAGAUCCAACAACUUUAGUGGUACCAUUCCUUCUCUCACUUCCAAUACUACUCUUCCAUUCCCCAAGUUACAGGUUUUCGAUAUGUCCCAUAAUGCAUUCAUUGGCAAUCUGCCCCAAGAAUAUCUGAGGAACUUCAAAGGGAUGAUCGAUCUACAAGAGAAUCAUCGAGGAGAAUACGGGUUUCCGUAUCAGUUUCUGAUUCCCAUGCUCCUUGCUGAUUCAUAUUCGUUUACAGUAACAAUGAAAGGUUCGGAUCUAGAAUAUAAGAGAAGUUUGAUAGCCUUGGCAACACUUGACAUGUCAUCCAACAGAUUCUCAGGCAGUAUACCAAAUUCCAUAGGAGAUUUAAAUUACUUGAUUAAUUUGAAUCUGUCUCACAAUUGCCUCACUGGAGGUAUACCUGCAUCUCUUGGAAACAUUACGAAACUCGAGUCGCUGGACUUGUCUUCAAACCGGUUGGAAGGUGAAAUUCCAACAGAGCUUACAAAGCUCACAUUUCUUUCUACGGUGAACUUUUCCACGAAUAAUCUAUCAGGGAAGAUACCUCAAUCCAGUGGCCAGUUUUCCACAUUCGAAAAUACAUCAUAUGUUGGGAAUUCUGAACUAUGCGGAUUUCCUUUAUCACGAAAAUGUGAAAAGCCUUUGCCUCCAGUGAUGCUGCAAGAAGAAGAUAAUGAUGAUUAUGGUAUUCUAGAUGGAUUCUGUUGGCAGGCCGUUGUUUCAGGGUAUGGAUGUGGAUUCGUAAUAGGUGGGAUUGUGGGUUGUCUGAUUUUUGGGUAUGGAAGGCCUAAAUGGUUGUUGGAAUGGAUCUACAGAUUUUACAGGAUAAAGAUGAGAAGAAAUGUGGCACCACAAAGAAGAAGAAGAUAAGAAGGUUGAACCUUUGAUGUUGAAUGUUGAAUAAUAGGCAUUGUUGUUUUCUCACGUUUAUUUGCAUCUUAUGUUAAACUUUCCAAUAAUGUUCUACUAUCCUUUGCAAUUACACUUGUUUAGCAUUCAU